AUGAGAGUUAUUUACUGGAAUAUCAGAGGAUUGAGAAGAAUUCAAACCAAAGAUAAAUUGAGAAGUUUAGUACAACAAUUUAGUCCUUCAUUACUGUGGGUAGCUGAACCAAAAGUUAAAGCUUCUAGCAGUAUUAUUAAGCAAUUACAUUUACCUGGUAUGAGUAAGAUGAUACUUCAUAAUUCAAAUGGGAAUUUAAAAGGAAAUAUAUGGUUAUUUUGGCAUUAUUCAGUUACUGCUCCUUCUUUGAUUUCUUCUUCUAAACAAUGUAUUAUUGUUCAAGUUGGUGAGGCUUUAGUUACUAGGGUUCAUGCUGAAUGCCUUACUAUAUACAGAAGAAUUUUAUGGUCUGAACUUUUAACUGUCAAUGAAAUGAAGUUGCCAUGGCUGGUGAUUGGUGAUUUCAAUGUGGUGCUUACUUGUAAAGAGAAAAAAGGAGGUAGAACUCCCCUUAGGACUGCAAUGCAAGAAUUUAGAGAUUGUAUUGAAUCACGUAAUUUGUUUCAAGCUCCUAGAUCAGUGGGAGUUGGGGGUACAUUAGUUCAUGGUCCUCUUCUAGGUGGAGUUGUUAAUGUUUCCAGACCAACCAACAUUCCUUUUAAGUACCAAUCAGUGUGGACUUCUCAUCCUGGUUUUCUUAAGUUAAUUCAAGACUCAUGGUUACAAAUUGAAAACAUUCUUAAACAAUGGAAUUGGGAGGUUUUUGGGGACUUGAAACUUAAAGUAAAGAACACCGAGAAGGAAGUUCUUAAUGCUUCUUUAGAAUUUGAUGCUGACCCUGAGAAUAUAGAGUUACUUGACAAGCUAGUUACAGCAGGAGGUAAAUAUGAAAUUGCUUCACAACAAUACAAUGAACUGAUGAGAGCUAAGUCUAGAGUCAAAUGGAUCAAAGAAGGUGGUGCUAAUACAGCUUUCUUUCAUACUACAAUGAGGAUGAGAAGAACUUUUAAUCAUAUAUCAGAAUUGGAAAAUGAUGAAGGUAAUCUUAUAACAAAUCAAGAUCAAAUUGUUGAUGUGCUUGUAAAUCACUACAAAAUGAAGUUUGAAGAGAAGAAUGUAACAUUUGUGGAAGAACUUUUUGAUGCUAUACCCAAAAUUCUAAAUGAGGAAGAUAACUAG